CUCCAAACAGUCCUAGCUGGGCAAAAUGUUCCACCGCCCGGUCUGGUAACUGGCAUAUCAAAGACUGGCACACAGCGGGCAUCGAGUCAACUGGCGGAACAGCGGGCAUCGAGUCAACUGGCGGGACUGCGGGCACCGAGUCAACUGGCAAGACUGCGGGCACCGAGUCGUUCUGGCAAGACUGCGGGCACCGAGUCGUCUGGCAAGACUGCAGGCACCGAGUCGUCUGGCAAGACUGCAGGCACCGAGUCAACUGGCGGAACAGCGGGCACCGAGUCGUCUGGCAAGACUGCGUGCACCGAGUCAACUGGCGGAACAGCGGGCACCGAGUCGUCUGGCAAGACAGUGGGCUCUGAGUCAACAGGCACGACAGUGGGCACCGGGUCAUCAGGUAUCGGAUUGUCUGGCUCGACAGCGGGCAUCGGGUCACCAGGCAUCAGGUCAUUUGGCUUGCCAGCGGGCACCGCGUCAUCUGGCAAGGCAGUGGGCACUGGGUCACCAGGUAUGACAGCGGGCUCUGAGUCAAUUGGCACGACAGCGGGCACUGGAUCAGGUACCGGAUCAUCUGGAUCAACAGCGGGCAUCGAGUCAACUGGC